GCCGCGCGGCCGUGCGCGUCGCAGCCCGCCGCUCCGCGCGCGGUGGGUGUCAAUAUAAAGUGACGGCCAUAUUUGCCGGUGCCGCUGUUGUAAACAAAAAGUGAAGACAGCCGCUUCAGCGCUUUCGGGUCAUUUUUAUUUCUUUACCAUGUCUCUGGGAAUGUCUUACAAGCCCAACGUCCACCAGCACAUCCCGGGGACUUCGGGCAGCCAGGUGGGGAACCUGCAGUCGGCCUCAGCUGCUAACCUGGCAACGCUGCAGUCCUACCGGCCGCUGCUCAGCGACUACGGACCCCCGUCCCUGGGGUUCUCUCAGGGUUCCACCAGCAGCCAGGUUCCUCAGAACAAAUACGCCGAGCUGCUGGCCAUCAUCGAGGAGCUGGGGAAGGAGAUCCGGCCGACGUACCCGGCAGCAAGCGCCAUGGAGCGGCUGAAGAGAGGUAUCAUCCACGCCCGGGGGCUGGUGCGGGAGUGUCUGGCCGAGACGGAGAGGAACGCCCGGUCCUAGCUACCCCCGGGACAGGAAGCAAGGCGACACACGUGCAUGGCAUUCCCGCCCACCAGGAGGAAGUAAAACAAAAAGAAAGAAGGAAAGCUCUUAAAAAGAGAACGAGUGGCGAAAAAAAAAACAGUUCGACUCCUGAAGGGUCAUUAAAAAAAACAGAAAUCAUGUGAGAGAAGAAACCGAGGAGGAGACGGAAUGUUUUUAACUUUCAGUUCAUAUUUAAAUAGUUGGUUUCUG